AACCCAAAGAAGAAGAAUGAAGCGGAAGCUUCAGCUGCGUUUAGUUUUGUAACAACACAUUUUAUUGUUUGAAUGUUGCGUGGAUCCUGGACCGACUGUUCUCGCGUGCCCCUUCAUCCUCGGCAGUGCGCGGGAUCAGCAGCAUGGACCCGUCCGAGCCACAAGGACCGGAAGCCGGUCUCGGGCCACAGCGGAGUCCCGAACCCGAACUUUCUGCAGCGAUGCGGGCCAAAAUCGAGCGGAACAGGCAGCAGGCGGUGAUGCUCCGGCAGGCGCGACUAGCGAGCCGCUCGCUGGCCGCCGUGGAGGGGGCCACCUCGGCCAAAAUCUCCAGGACCAUCGACUCUGGCGCAGGCUUCUUCAUCGAGGAGGAGGAGUGCGGGGAGGAGGAGCAGAGGACCAGGAAGGUGGUGCAUCAGCCAGCCCCAGUCAUCGAGCCGGACUACCUGCUUUGCGAUGAUUGUCAAAAACCCUUCAUGGACUCGUACCUCAGCAACAGCUUUGACCUGUCCGUCUGUGAUAAGUGCAGAGACAACGAGGAGAAGCAUAAACUAAUCUCCAGAACUGAGGCCAAGCAGCACUACUUGCUGAAGGACUGUGACCUGGACCAGAGAGAGCCUCCACUCAGGUUCACGCUGAAGAAAAACCCUCACAACCCCACCUGGGGGGACAUGAAGCUUUACCUCAAGCUGCAGGUGGAGAAGAGGUGUAUGGAGGUCUGGGGUUCAGAGGAGGCACUGGAGGAGGCCAAAGAGACGAGGGAAGAGAACCGAGAGACACAGAAACAAAAACGCUUCAACAAGAAGGUCAAAGAGCUGCGCAGGGCGGUGAGGAGCAGUAUGUGGACCAAAGACACCAGCGUCCACAAACAUCAGUACGGACCAGAAGAGGUGGUGGAUCCGGAGGAGGACCUCUACAAGAAAAGCUGCACCACCUGCGGACAUGAACUCACCUACGAGAAGAUGUAGAUACUCGCGCUCGCACACACCAACACGUAUUGCUUUGAUGGGAAACGAAGCCUCUCAGACGCUUAAUGCCUACAGCUGUGUUCUAUUUCAUGGAUUUCUACUGGUAUUUAUUAAUAAAACAAAUUCCGAUGAAUUACAAGGGGCCAAAAUCUCCUGUGUGGCACUUGAAAAUACCAUAUUGCGUUAAUGACCAGUAUAACUACAACUUUUCUACCUUUUUUAGGAAAACAUUUUGAGGAGGAUUCCAUUUUUAGGAUUUUGUUUUUAUAUCUCUGCCACAUGAUUCUGUGAUGUUUUCAUCAUGUAAAGUGUGUUAAGCUUGA